AUGUUUGGGCGACUGCUCGCAGCGUGGCUUUGGUGUGACUUCAUUGCCCAUUUGAGCAUUCAGACUGGCGAAGCAGGUGGAACCAAAUUGGCAUCGGGGCCUUCGACGGAAAAGGCAACGAGCGAGAUCCUGCCUUUUCAAGGUUCGCAUCGGCUUCUGGGGGAGAAAGACAAGAAGGAAAGUGAGACAGGCUUGGAGUUCGUUGUACGAGCACCACUCUUACAAUCCAUUCGAGUUCCCUUCCCUAGUCCAAAAUCCAAGAGCAUCAAGAAGCAGAAGAAGGAGGCUUCAGAAUACAAGGUGACAGAGCAAGCCAGUCAAGAGACGAACGCAUGGGCAGUUUUCCCAGAAAAAUUGCCAUGGAUUUCCACAACGCCGGCAAGCAGAGCCCAGCGCAAGGUGGAACCAGGAAUUGCUAUGGACAAGCCUCUUGGGAUGCCUCCGCAGCCAAUUCUUCCACCAGCACCAUCUGCCGAAGUACCGAUGACGCUGACAGCGGAGGAGGAAAAGAUGUUGCAGCAUCUCAGAGGUUUGCAGGCCAUGGACAUGGACCUUACGGAGUCAAUGACACGAAGAUUGGAGGAGCUUUCCAUGAGGGAAGCGAAGGCUCAAUCCAGUCGAACAUUGACCCAUGGACAGUUGAACAAGCUCAACAAGCUCAAAGUGCAGGUGGCCACAGCUGCACAGAAGAUCAAGGACCUGGACCAGGAGUGGACAUCCUUUGUCAGCACUACGGUAGCCAAGGUCCGGCAGCAUGGAGAAAUGUUCCAAACAUGCAGAGCAGAUCUCAUGGAACAUUACAAUGCCAAGAUUCAAGAACUGGCCAAUGUGAAGCGAGAGAUGACUUUGGCAUCCCAAUCUUUGUUGGGACCUCAAUGGACAGAGCCAGUCAUCCCAGAGAUGCCAGACCUAGAAGUGCAAUUCGAAGAUUUGCAGACCACCAUGGAGAUGGAGGGGCAUGCAGGCCCCAUAGAUCUAACGGAAGCCAUGGAGGAGGAAGAGGAACUUGUGGAGCCAGAGGACAUGCUGCAGGGAGCAUCAUGCAAAGCACCACCACGAGCCCUUCGUCCCUUUCGUGGGUCAGGUUCGCCGAGCAAAGUGGCCAACCAUCAUCUCAAGGUGAAGGUGCAAGAUUCGAAAGACAGCAAGGAUGCCAAAUUCAAGGACAAGGAGAAAGAGGACAAGUGA